GACUUAACUGGAGCGAGAGGGGCGCGUCGAUAUACACACAGCCGAGCCGAGCAGAGCAGAGCAGCGCUUUGGGUAUAGUGGAAGGUGCUGAAGAGUGAGAGUAAUCCCGGGGCAGGCGCAGACAGACUCCACACACCGAGCGGAGGUGUUUUGGCGGCGCCGGUUUUUUUUUUUUUUUCCUCCUCUCGCCUGUAUGUGUGCGUGUGUGUGGCGAUCUUUUAAAACCAUGCUGGAUUGACCGCAGAGAAAGCAGCUGCAAUCAAUGGCGUGGCUUUGAAAUCGUUGAAAAUUUAUUGGGAAAGGAGUGCGAGACAGGAGCGACAGCCGGGAGAGGGAGAGAGCGGCGAGAGAGAGAGGGGUGGAAAUAAAGAUUCCUUUUCAGCGAUGGAGCUUACAAUGGAGAACAUCGGAAAUCUGCACGGCGUGUCUCACUCCCAUCAGACGGGCGACUUGAUGAACUCCCCGCACGCGCGCCAGUCCACGGCGUCGCAUCGGAACUUGGUGUCGCACGGACGGUCAGCCAUGGUGUCCAGCAUGGCCUCCAUCCUGGAGGGGGCCGGGGACUACCGCACGGACCACGCGCUGUCCGGUCCCCUGCACCCGGCCAUGACCAUGUCCUGCGACUCCGGGAUGAGCCUGAGCAGCACCUACACCACUCUGACGCCGCUGCAGCACCUGCCCCCCAUCUCCACCGUGUCGGAGAAAUUUCACCACCCUCACCCGCAUGCCCACCAUCAUCCGGCGCACCAGAGGCUUGCGGCCGGGAACGUGAGCGGCAGCUUCACCCUGAUGAGGGACGAUCGCAGCCUCGCCUCUAUGAGCAAUCUCUACGGCCACUACCCCAAAGACAUGUCCGGCAUGGGACAGCCCCUGUCCCCGCUCUCCAACGGCCUCGGCUCCCUGCACGGGUCGCAGCAGACCCUGAGCGCAUACGGCCCUGGAGCUCACCUGUCCAACGACAAGAUGCUUUCGUCGGGAGGGUUCGAGUCCCACGCAGCCAUGCUGUCCCGGGGCGAGGAUCACCUGGCUCGAGGUCUCGGGGGCCACGGGGCCGGGCUCAUGACAUCCUUGAACGGCAUCCACCAUCACAGCCAUCCGCACUCUCAGGCAAACGGAUCCAUGCUGUCGGACCGGGACAGGCAGACGGUGGUGGGAGGAGGGCAGGGGGCCGGGUCGGGACAGGUGGAGGAGAUAAACACCAAGGAGGUGGCGCAGCGGAUAACGGCGGAGCUCAAGCGCUACAGCAUUCCGCAGGCCAUCUUCGCGCAGAGGAUCUUGUGCCGGUCCCAGGGAACCCUGUCCGACCUGCUGCGGAACCCUAAACCGUGGAGUAAACUCAAAUCCGGCCGGGAGACGUUCAGGAGGAUGUGGAAGUGGCUGCAGGAGCCCGAGUUCCAGCGGAUGUCAGCGCUCAGGCUUGCAGCCUGCAAGCGCAAAGAACAGGAGCAACACAAGGACCGCAACACGGCGCCCAAGAAACAGCGUCUAGUCUUCACGGACCUGCAGCGCCGCACGCUCAUCGCCAUCUUCAAGGAGAACAAGCGCCCGUCCAAGGAAAUGCAGAUCACCAUCUCCCAGCAGCUCGGCCUGGAGCUCAGCACCGUCAGCAACUUCUUCAUGAACGCCCGCCGCCGCUGCGUGGACCGCUGGCACGACGACCACGGCGCCAGCCCCGGGCAGCCGGGGACCUCCGCCACCACCUUCUCCAAGGCCUGAGAGGAGAAGAAGGAGGAGGGAGGCCUUCAAGAG